AUGAUGAACGCUGUGCUCGGCCGAGGUUUUCAAUUACUGACCGAGAUAAGGCAAGAAGAAGAAGCUGCGAAUAGGCAGUUAGAUGAAGUGGUCAGCCGAUGUAAUCAUGCCAACGUCGCAUGUGAACUAGAUGAAAAAGCGCGUGACAUCAGUUUGCUGAGGGAUCCCGAUAGCGCUGAUUUCUAUAAGUGCCUUUCAUAUCAACUUUUUCGUCCAGUGUUCGCUCUUUUAGGAGAGAAUCAGAAAAGCAUACCUAACAAUUCUGAAAAUCUACAACUCAAAGUGGGAAAUAUCAAUACGCAGGAGAUUAUCAACAAGGUUGGAUCAUGGGGAUCAAACAUCACCUCUUCGUGCCAUGACCUUGGAUCGGAAGCUCUAACAAGGACAGUAUCAAAACUACGACCAGAUGAAGCUUGGGAUGCGAAGACACCUCCACCCACAAUUGGGUGCGAUGCGGUUCUCGAUCUGAGCGUAACUCCUCGUGAAGUGCCUUUAUUCUUCUUAUCGGCAUUCAAUAAUUUGUGGAUGAAAUUUAUUCUGAAUGCAUGUAAACCGGAUAACUUCACGUUGUUGAAACCUGGCGAGUGUGAUCCUGUUCCCCCUUGCUCAGAAACGUAUUCAACGACAGAAGGUUCUCCGCCGGGACACCGUGAAGAACAGUGUCUCCCAUCUUCGUCAGAGAAAAACUCAUCGACAGUUAUUUCACCUCGAGUGAAGCGCUUACCGAAUAGGAUAGUUGUUCAUCGGAUUCUUGCUCUGAAUUCUCGAGAGUCUGCUUUUCGUAGUGCUAGAGAUGUGCUGCUCACAUGCGAGGAUCUCUUUUGCAUUGGCCAUCGUCUGUGCUCAAAACGUAAUGUCCGGAUAAAGCGCUCUCAUUUGCUGAGGAUGGUCAGUGAUGCGUUAGAGAAGAUCGAUUUGGACCCAAAUUAUUCGGCGAGAAUCAGUUAUGAUGAAUACCCUACAGAUUACUGGGAUGUCACAGAUAUGCGUGAUGUUGAGGAAAUAUUCGAUGCUAUGUUCAGCUCUUGUGCAACGGCGCAUUUCCAAGGAUGGUCCUAUACUAAGCUGAUGCCGAUGGCUAUGGUACUCUAUGUCGCAAAUUUUCACUUCAAUGACUUUAGCAAGUACUUCGUAGUACGGUCUGAUCUAUCAAACUCUAGAAAAAGAAAUUCCGAGAGUGAUAGCUUGGACUUCAAUAAUGAAAACGGUUCAUCUUUUCCGGCAGCUGUCAAACGAGGGCAUAGCUAUAAUGAGCAGUCGGACGAUCAUACUGGCCAGUCUCCAACUUCCUUCUCACGUCACAGCACAGCAGCAGACGAUAGGGUUUCCUCUGCUAGGAGAGAAAGAGAGAGACUUAUUGUUAAGAUUCGGCGUUGUGGUGCCAUUCCAUCCGUGUCACAGAUAGAUCCCGUUCCGCCAUCCCAUGACGGGGAAGAUUCCAUCGCAGAGCCGGAUACUGGUAAACGGCCACUUGAUAAAGAUGGUUCACAUGCGUUUUGUUGGACAUGCAACGAUAAUACGGAGAAUGCGGAGGAAGUUAAGGGAAUGUGCUCCAAGUGCCCGCGAGUGUUCCAUGCCAAAUGUCACUUACCACCUAUUGCAGGAUCUUGGGAUGACACUCCAGAUGAUUGGGUGUGUUCCAUUUGUGAGCGAAUCUGUGACGACGGCUCGCCAGCAAGUAAUUUAAAGUUGUGUUACAAAGUGCUGUUAUGUUGUUACGAGCAUGCUGAAUGUGCAUCCUGUUUUGCACAGCCGGUUCCUGAGAGCACACCGGGGUACUACAAGGUAAUUCACAAUCCUAUGGAUCUUGGUACGAUAGCAGCACAACUCCAAAAUAGCAGUUCGUCGAACGCCAUGUCGGUUUCCGAGUUUAUCGAGAAAAUGAACACGGUCUUUCGGAACUGCUCCAAAUUUAACCCGAGACACUCGCCUGUUGCUGAGGCUGGGCGUAAAGUUUGGCAAUCUUACCAAUCCGCUGUCAAAAAGUAUCUGCCAUCUUAUACCAAAGAUAUCUGGCUGUCUCGCUUCAAAAACGUCGGAGGAGAUCGUCAAGCAAAGGUGACUCUAAAACACCUCGGCUAUCAUCGUCUUGAACACCUCGGUUAUCGUCGUCUUGAUGAAUUGCCAGCGGAGUUCUUUAUGCUGUCAGCUCAUCAAGGAGCAACCCAAAGAAAUAGUGUCUCAUGA